ACACACACACACACACACACACUCACCAUGAGAUUCCCCAAGCUGCCCAACCCGGGUCUGGAUGACCGGAUACCGUCCCACCAGGAGCUGGAGAGGAUGGAGAAGGAGGAGUCCGGGGACAGGCCCAAAUGGGACAACAAGACCCAGUACAUGCUGACCUGUGUGGGCUUCUGUGUGGGGCUGGGGAACGUGUGGCGGUUCCCCUACCUGUGUCAGAGUCAUGGAGGAGGAGCAUUUAUGAUCCCAUUCCUGAUCCUGCUGGUUCUGGAGGGAAUUCCACUGCUGCACCUGGAAUUUGCUAUCGGACAGCGCCUCAGGAAGGGCAGUGUGGGAGUGUGGACGGCCAUUAACCCAUAUCUGACUGGUGUUGGGGUCGCCUCCUUGUCAGUCUCCUUCCUGGUGGGCAUGUACUACAACACUAUCAUCGCCUGGGUGAUGUGGUACUUCUUCAACUCCUUCCAGAACCCUCUGCCGUGGAGUCAGUGUCCUGUCGAUGACAACCUGACGGGUCUGGUCUCAGAAUGCGCCCGGAGUUCGCCAGUGGAUUAUUUCUGGUACAGAGACACACUCAACACGUCCGCAUCCAUAGGGGACUCUGGAGGACUGCAGUGGUGGAUGGUGUUGUGUCUACUGUGUGCCUGGCUGGUGUUGUACGUCUGCUGCCUUCGUGGCAUUGAGACCACUGGCAAGGCUGUGUACAUAACAUCCACUCUGCCCUACGUGGUACUCACCAUCUUCCUGAUCAGAGGGCUGACUCUCAAAGGUUCUCUGGAUGGAAUAAAGUUCCUCUUCACACCUGAUUUGAAUGAGUUGAUGAACCCGUCCACCUGGCUGGAUGCAGGUGCCCAGGUGUUCUACUCUUUCUCCUUGGCCUUUGGAGGUCUCAUCUCCUUCUCCAGCUAUAACUCAGUGCACAACAACUGUGAGCAGGACGCCGUCAUUAUCGCCAUCAUCAACGGCUUCACGUCGGUCUACGCUGCUACCGUCAUCUACUCCAUCAUCGGCUUCAGGGCCACAGAGAGGUUCGACGACUGUCUGGGAGGAAACAUCUUGUCCCUGCUGAACGCUUUCAGCCUUCCUGAGGGCAACAUCACAGAAGGCAACUAUGCAGAAUCCCUACAGAAUCUAAACGGCACCUUCCCAGAGAUCAUCCAGGGUCUGAACCUCAAGACCUGCGACUUGCAAACUUUCCUCAGUCAGGGUGUGGAGGGAACUGGUCUGGCCUUCAUCGUGUUCACAGAGGCCAUCACCAAGAUGCCGGUCUCUCCUCUCUGGUCCAUCCUGUUCUUCGUCAUGCUCUUCUGUCUGGGACUGUCCACCAUGUUUGGCAGCAUAGAGGGGGUCGUGGUGCCCCUUCAGGAUCUCAACAUCUUCCCUAAAAGGUGGCCUAAGGAGGCGAUCACUGGUAUUGUCUGUCUGGUGUCAUUCAUUGUUGCCCUGAUAUUUGCUCAGAGUUCUGGUAACUACUGGCUGGCCUUGUUUGACAGCUUUACCGGCUCCAUCCCUCUCCUAGUCAUCGCCUUCUGUGAGAUGGUGUCUGUUGUUUACAUCUACGGGAUAGACAGGUUUAACAAGGACAUAGAGUUCAUGAUCGGUCACAGGCCCAACAUCUUCUGGCAGGUGACCUGGAGGUUCAUCAGCCCUUUAAUCGUCUUAGUCAUCUUCAUCUUCUACUUCAUUACCAAAGUCAGCUCCAACGUCACCUACAUCGCCUGGAAUCCAAGCUCGGCUGACUUCCCCACCCUGGAGGUGUUGGAGUAUCCCGCUUGGAUCUACGCCAUCAUCUUCAUCCUAGCAGGGAUCCCCAGUCUGCUGGUGCCAGGCAUGGCCACAUUCAAACUCAUCCAGACACACUGCUGCAAGAAACACGUCUACAGAGCAGAAGUCGACACUGUCUCAGCCAAAGUUCAGAUGUAUGCUACGAGGAUGCUGUAGAAUACCAGGCCACCAACAUCAUAUGGGACAAUACUACAU